ACAAAAAAAAUCAAACCAAUGGAACACAGCACACAGCAUAAACGGCAAGGCGUUUGCACUUGAAAUUGUGUCAAAAAAAAAAAGAGGAGUUGAAACUCGAAAAGGCGAGAAUCCAAGCGCCAUUUAUCCUCAGACAGUCACAGUGGUCUUAAGGCAUUUGGAUCGAUGGUACUCGUUAAGGCUUAGGAGGAGGGUUCAUCAGCUAGAUCUGCUGUGGUAAUUCAACUCCAUUUCGAUUGUCUGCCAAAGAAAACAAAUGGUUGGUAGAGGGAAAGCGAAACAGGCUCGUUCCAAGAAGUCAUCGAGUAGUAGAUCCAAGGAAGAAGAUAGGAUAAGCCAGUUACCUGAUCCUUUGAUCUGUCACAUUCUUUCUCAUCUUACCGCAAAGGAUGCUGUUAAGACAAGCGGUUUAUCCACCAGAUGGAGGACUCUCUGGCUUUGGGUUCCAAAAUUCGAAUUGGAGGAUUCCGUAGAAUUCGAAGAUUUCAAUGCCUUUGUGAGUGUCGGUGACCGGUUUUUCGAUUCCGGUAGGGUUUCAUGCCUAGACAAACUCAAGUUAACUAUUAUUAUAAAGGAUGAAGAUGUUUAUGAUACAUCCUGUAUCACUUCAUGGAUUGAUGUUGCAGUUACGCGUCAGAUGCGUCAUCUACAUAUUGAGUGUCAUACAGAGUAUGCCUUUCCUGAGAUGCCUCCAAUCUUUUAUAUCUGCAAGACACUCAUACACUUAGAUCUCUCUCAAGCGAGCUUCUGUGACUUGUCUAAGCUUUACCAUUUCCUUACCUUGUCUUAAGACUAUGCAUUUAGAAGAUAUUCUUUAUCCUAAUGAGGCCACUUUCGAGAGACUUGUCUCAUCCUGCCCUGUCUUGGAGGAGUUAAAGAUUGUCGGAUGUAUGCGAAAGUCUUUCGGGUGCUCUCUAGUUCAUUGAUGAAGCUCAGUAUAGAACUAUAUUUUAUUAUGCAUGAAUUUGGUACAGGAGUUGUGAUUGAUGCUCCCCAACUACGCUUUUUGAGCAUCAGAGAUGACUUGUCAGAAAGCUUCAUAAUCAAGAAUAUGCAUUCCACAGUCAAGUUAGAUAUUUCGCUUGCUUUUGGUUUGGGGAAAUACAAUGAAGAAGAUGUUUUGUCGAAGCGAAGUAUGAUCCAUGAUUUUCUCCCCGGGAUUUCAGUGGUCAAGGAAAUGAUCAUAUCUUGGGACACCUUCAUGGUCAUCUAUCAAUACGCGAAGUUCGAACCGCUGCCUCAGUUUGGCUACUUGUCAUGCAUGAAUGUUACUCUCCGUGUAUCCGUUUUGAAUUGGUUGCCAACAUUUCUUGAGAGCUGCCCGCACUUAAAAAUCAUCAACGUGGCGUUGGCUAAUGACAUUAAGUAUUCUGAAGAGAUGAAUCAAAUAAGGUUUUCAUCUGUUCCCGAGUGUUUGCUAUCGUCGCUCGAGUUUGUUGAAUUCAGUAACACAUUCUCAGGAGAUCUUGCAGAAAUGAAGCUGGUAAAGUACUUCCUAGAGAAUUCAGCAAUCCUCAAGAAACUUACUCUACGUUUAUGUUAUGGUCGAAGAAAAGAUGAAAUCUUCAAGGAACUCCUCAGAAUCCCAAGACGCUCUAGCACAUGUCAAAUCAUCAUACUCUGAUUGGUAAAAAUUAGUGAAGAUUGUCUGUUAUUAAUCAGUUUGAUGUAAGGAUGUUCUUGCUACACAGGAAAUGCAUGUGUAGGUUUUUUUUGUAUGUUUGUUUCGUUAGAGUAAAUAGAGAUGAAACAGUUUUAGGCUACUUUCGUGAGAAAUCAAGGUGUCGUUUACUCUAUGCUUAAGCUUGAGGAGGUUUUUACUCUUUUCUUGUGAUCCUUAAACCUA